AUGGACACCAUGGAACACGACAACCUCUUCUCGCUGGACCCGUCGCCCUCCACGCCAGGAUCGGACGUGCCCCAGCUGACCAUCUCCCCCGCCGAUACCUCUCUCUCCGCCUCCCCAGAGCCCAAGGCCGAAGACAGCAAGACAGAGGAAAAGAAGCCGGUCAAGAAGCGGAAAUCAUGGGGCCAGGAGCUCCCCGUUCCCAAGACCAACCUACCUCCAAGAAAACGAGCCAAAACAGAAGAUGAAAAAGAACAGCGCCGCAUCGAACGCGUCCUGCGGAAUCGAGCGGCAGCGCAGACCUCCCGGGAGCGCAAGAGGCUCGAGGUCGAGAAACUCGAGGGGGAGAAGCAACGGAUGGAGCAGCAGAACCAGUUCCUGCUCCAGCGACUCGCGCAGAUCGAAGCAGAGAACAGUCGCCUUAACCGGCAGGUUGCUCAGCUCUCCGCCGAGAUUCGUGGAUCCCGCAGCAACUCCCCCAAGGCCGUCCCCAGCAGUGCGGCCUCGCCCACGCUGACCCCGACCCUGUUCAAGCAGGAGGGCGACGACGUUUCCCUCGACCGCAUCCCCUUCCCGACCCCCUCCAUCACCGAUUACCCCCCCAGCCUGAAGCCCUCGGAUCUGGCUGAGGCCGCCGACCUGACACAACAUCCUGCAGCGAUGUUGUGUGACCUGCAGUGUCAGUCGGCGGCCUCGAAGGCUCCGCAGGCGCGCUCUCUCUCUUUGACGGCCGAUCCAGCGUUCCAGCGGACGCUGUACGUGAUCAUGCAGCUCCUCUUUCUGACGAUGACUUCCGCCGCCUAUUCUACAGUGAUUCACCCGCUGAGCCGGAUUCUCCGCUCCCUGAAGACGGGCUCGCCCUUGACCUUCUCGCCGGAGGAGAUCUCUCGGCAUUUCCCUUUGAUUCUCUGGUUGAUUUCGACCCCGAGCCUGUCGGCCUCUCCGGCACAGACCCGGCGAUCGGUCUUUCGGAAGAAGCUUCUCACCAGACUUCUGGCUUGCAGCCCUGCCUUGGCGCGUCCGCUUCGUGAUGCGACGGGCAAGACCUUGCAGCUAGCGGUUAGGGAGCGCUUCGCCGGACAGGCCUGGUCGCCCGUCGGUGACCGGUCCGGCCGGCCGGAUUGGGAGUUGUUGUUGACCAUGGCGUUUGCCAUUGAUUGUAUUGGGAAGUCCAGCAAAUUCAAGCGACGGUCCAGGGAUAUAGAACGGGCAAAGCGGAGUGGGCACUCUGGCUACGAAGAUUAUCAUGGGAGUACUCGGAGUUCGUGGGGUCUGAACGGCGGCCAGACAUUAACGUCGCUGCUGAUGGGAAAGCCUUGUUAG